GAACCGGAACACAAGCAGACACAAACAUCUGAAACAUAAAACUUCACAUUCUAUCCAUCUCACUCACACUCCUCAGUCAUCACUUUUCCCCUCUCUCUCUCUCUCUCUCUCUCUAUACCUCUCCCUCUUUUCCAUCUUUCCAUGAAUCCCGACGAAACCGAAGACCACCUCUUCUCUCACCACCACCUCAACCCCCAUCAUCUGGACCCACCCCAACAAUCCUCUCAGAUCCUCCAAUCCCAGCCGUCCAUUCAGCAUGAAUCCCAGGAAGACCCCGCUUCCUCCCUCCCCGAAAUCGCCCUUUUCCGCUCCUCCGCCUCCUCCUCCCCUUCCUCGUCCUCUUCGUCCUCCCCUAGCCACUGCUCCUCCAACUCGACGAUUCAACCCGCCCUGGCCCCUGUCCCCAAACUCCAUAUCAGCCCCGAGCCCCACAUCUCGUCCCAGUUCUACACCUUCAAUUCGGAGUCCCACUCCUUGAUGAUCCGCUGCCUCCUAGAGCACCGACUAGCCACCCCGGCUGAGAUCCGCUCUGCCACACCCCGGGCAGUCCUCAAGUCCUGGCGCGCCGUCUGGAAGGACCGCAACGAGGACACCGCCUACCUCACCGCCUGGAAGCGCAUCCAGGACAAGCUCGCCGCUCACGUCGACCCCACCACUGGUAACCAAUUCCUCUGCUUCAAAAACAAUUCCCAGCAAUUCGUUUCCCAUAUUAACCAGUGGCAAGAUAUCGUUAUGACUUUCCACUCCGACACCGAUAUCAAACACCUAGGGCUUAAAGAAACUAUUGAGAGAAUUAAGCAGGCUUGGACUGUAGGUGCCAAAUUUUACGGCAUACCUGAGAGCUACAUCAGGGUUUGUGUCGCCGCCUGCCCCGUGUGCUCUGCAGCGUCGUCAGGGGGUUCCUCCGCUGCUGCGCGAACUAAGCGCCGUAGGUUUGAGUACACGGAGUCCUUUGAUGUGCCGGCGAAGGAAGUGCCUAAUAAGCUUCAGCAACUGGCUGCCAAGCAUAAGGUUGUGCUGUGCAUCAGGCAGAAGUAUAUUAGGUAUAAGCCGUUUAUGGCGGAGGUGAAGGAUUAUGCUUGUCAUAGGGCAGGUGAGCCUGCCGCGAAGAAGUCAAAGAUUCUGAAGAGGGAACCUUACGCGUCCAAGCGGUGUGGGUGUGGAUUUCGGAUCAGGGCUAUUGUGCCAAUUGCGAAUUAUAAUGAGAAGGAUAAAACCUUUGUGUAUCAGGAAGAGGGGAUGGCGGUGUUUAAGCUGUAUGCGGUGCAUACAGGGCAUGAGCCAGGGCCGUUGGAUGGGAAUGCGAGGAUUAUGCAUAGGGUUGUGGGGCAUAAAGGUGCUUUUUUGAUGGACCAAGAGACGGUGUAUGGGGUGAGUGAGGAAAUGGAGAAUGAGGGGUUUGGGUUGAUGGGGAAGGAUGAUGGGGAUUUGCAGUUUUCAGUUUUGCACCAGGUGCAGGAAUUGAGAACUGAGGUUGGGUUGCUAGAAGGGAAAAUUGCAAAACUCCCACAUGAGUUAUUGGGUUCAGUAUCUCGAGAAUUGUGUGAGAUUGUGAAUAAAGUCAGAACGGUGGGGGAAGAGAGUUGGAAGACAAUUGGAAUGAUCCCGCACAAACCGCAUGCAGAUGAUGUGCUGGUUGGUGAGAAUGAUCUGGUGCAUUGGAGUGAUCAUCACCAUGAGCGUAUAUAUGUGGAUGGCAAGGAUACAGAUUUGAUUGAUGAUGAUGAAGACAGUUUUGGGCGAACACUUGGUGAUGUUGUUCCUUGGGACCAGUUGAGGGAAGAUUGUAGGAGUCAGAAGGAUCUGAUGAGCGAGCCUUGCAAGCCUGAAAAGUGGUUGAAAUGCAGUGACUUUGACGAGAAGAGCAUUCUUGAUUGUGAAGAUACUAAACUAACCAAGCCCAAUAGGCACGAUGAGGCUAUAGUCACAGAUGUAGGUCUUGUCGGUAUACAGGUUGAUAGUUUCUACCAAGAGAAUCCUAAAUGGUAUGAUUCUCCUUGUGGAUUGGACUCCAGUGCAGAUUGCGAGGAUAGUGGAUUUAGGCAUGGCGAGAUUGUGUAGAGUCAGCAGCAUAAUUAAUCUACUCUAACUUGGUAGUGGAUUUUUGUUGUAGCCAUUCAUCCCUUCACACCGUCGGAAGAGGGUUGUACAUUAAUGUAUACAGAAGACUGGAGCUGCUCACAUGUUUGUUUUGGGUGUCUUUGCUGCGUGUGGUUUUGUAAAGUAUAUCUCAAAUGGGCUUUCCUGCACAUAUGUGUUUUAACUCUUCUAAACGACUUUCUUGGCCAUCAGAUUUUUUAGGUUGCUUUUGUCUAUGAUGCACAUUGGUGACUGUUUCAAUCUGUUUUCUUCUUUCAAAUCCUUGUAUGUAUGACAUGUCUAGUCUUGCUUCCACAAUUCUUCAGGCAUUAUGUGGAUUUAUUUGCCUCUCUCUUGUAUUUGCAUCUUUAUAAGCCUCUUUUUCUGAAAGCUCAGCCGCCUGUCACUUCAUAGUUUUUCUGCUUGGCUACAGUGCUUAACAAACAGUUUGAUGCAUUGCUGCUUGGUUAAGCUUUGUGCAAUUUGUUGUGGAGGUUGCCUUUGAUCAACUGGUCAGUAUCACCCUUUAACAUGCAUUGAAAUCUGUCUACUUUUGGUCUUUGAUCACCUACCUGGGCAUAUGGUACCAAGUUUUUUUUUAUUGGCACCGGGUGUCCGGAGCAGCGUCCCGACUAAUCCCGGGGUUGUUACCAAGUUAGCAGGGGAUAACUGCACUAGUGUAAUAGUGCCUCGUGUUUUUGAGCAUCUUAUCUUUUAUGAAAACUGAGAAAAAAGAAAAUUGGCCUAAUUAGCCUCUCUCCUACAAUUUCAUCCAUCUUAAAUGUUAUAUCAUAUCAGUCUCUCUCCUACAAUUUCAUGUAUCUUGUGUUAUUUUCUUUGAUUAUUACGCUUGGUCACUUCCAGAAUGUUCGGUGUUAAUUCUUCAACCAGAUCAUUAUGCCGCAAGUCUUGUCGAACUCUUCUAAUAUCCAUGAAUAUUUGUUCUUUAUCUUCUAUUUCUACCAUUCCUUUGUGCUAGACAAAAAUUUUGGUUCUUUAUGGUCUGGCUAGGGGUGAGCAAAUUUUUGGACACCAAAGAUGACCAGUUGGCGGGCGCCAGCCAGUGAUGAGCUGCAGGCAGCUGGGGAACUUUGCUUUACAAAGUGGUUGACACUGGACGGCGUCCUUGGGGUGGUGUUGUGCACGUUUAUGUAAUUCACCAAGAAGAGAGUUAGGUAUGCGGAAUAAGUGCAAGGCGAAAGGAGUUGGAACCAUAUGUUUCUCUGCUGUGUCAAACUAUUUCGAUCCAGCUGCCUCAGUGCUUGACAGUAGCCGGCCAUCCUAACAGCUUCUUUGUUUUAACAUGCAGCAAGGGGCUUUUGAAGUGGGGUAUUUACUAUUUACAACUGCAUGAUGUAGCCUAAGGAUGAUUUGUUGGUUGCUAUCAAUGUGGCAUGUUCCUGCUAAAGCGUGCCAUUGAACUCUUGCCAGAUAGCCAUUAUGAAUAGAAAGUAACUGUGGAAGUGUUUCACGGUUUCACCGAGAGGUAACACAUUCAUUUUGCCCGAUGCUUUGAUGUUAUUGUACUGGUCUUUAGCCUGAAGUUAUUAUGUCUUGAACUGUGAAACAAAGGAGUGUUCUCUACAUUGACAGAAUGCAACUCUGUAUUAACCAUUCCAAAAUAUGUAAUUGUCAAAGGUCAACAUUUGGUAGAAACCAUAUUUGGCAAGUAUCUUCCUCCCCACCCGAAAUAA